CAGACCAAUCCCGAUCGCCAACUGCUGCUACUGCUAUAACCAUCGCUUCCCCCGACCCCCCGCUCGCCCAACCCCCGCCCGAAUCCAAUCGCCGCGCCUCUCCACUUCGCUCGUCUUCCUCGUCAGUUCAUUGCCAUCGGCGUCGGCGGGGCGUCGCCGCUCGGCUCGACUCGAGGGUUUUGCGGAGUCGAGUUCGGGCGGCAUUGGCGGAUUCAGUCCUGGGGGAGCGCGGUGUUGGAGAAGUAGUUUUGGAUCUCGGCUACAUGUUUUAGAAAGAGAUGAAAGUUGGUGGUCUCCUUGCCUCUGCUGGAAUCAACAUCGGCCUCUGUGUACUUUUUCUGUCACUGUACUCCAUUCUAAGGAAGCAGCCAUCAAAUGUUAAGGUCUACUUUGGAAGAAGGAUUGCUGAGGAGCGCAACCGGCUCCGUGAUGCUUUUAUCUUGGAGAGAUUUGUUCCAUCACCUAGCUGGAUUGUCAAAAGUCUGCGGUGCACAGAAGAUGAAAUCUUAGAUGCUGCUGGGCUGGAUGCUGUCGUUUUCAAUAGAAUUAUAGUAUUCAGCAUACGCAUCUUCUCUUUAGCUGCCAUUCUUUGUAUACUUGGAGUCCUUCCGUUGAAUUAUUUUGGACAAGAUAUGCUUCAUGUUCGGAUUCCCUCGGCAUCAUUAGAGACAUUUACAAUAGGAAAUGUGCAAGAACGAUCGAGAUGGCUCUGGGUCCAUUGCGUUGUAUUGUACAUCAUAUCUGUUGUAGCUUGUGUGCUUCUAUACUUGGAGUACAAGCACAUUUCCAGGCUUAGGUUAUGUCACAUUUCUCGAGCAACAAGCAAUCCUAGCCAUUUUACUGUCCUUGUCCGAGGAAUACCAAAAUCAAGUACAGAAUCAUUCAGCAGGACUGUUCAGGGUUUCUUUACCAAGUACCAUGCAUCAAGUUACCUAUCUCAUCAAGUCGUUUACAAAGUUGGCAAAGUUCAGAAGAUAGUGAGUGGUGCAAAGAAGGUUUACAGGAAGUUCAGACAUUUCAAGGGUACCGCAGUUGAUCAGAGAUGCAGAUCCAUUACAUUUCAAUGUUGUUUUUGUGGAGCGUCUUCUAAUUCAUUCCAGUUGUUGCCCAUUGACUUUGAACAAGAGAGCGAAAUACCUAAUGUGAAUGAUUCAAGCUUCAGCUCAACUGAUGAGGAAUGUGGUGCUGCUUUCAUAUUCUUCAAAACUCGGUAUGCAGCGCUAGUUGUAGCAAAAAUUCUUCAGACAUCCAACCCUAUGAGAUGGGUCACUAGUCUGGCUCCAGAACGUGAUGACAUUUAUUGGUCCAAUCUCUGGUUACCCUACAAGCAACUCUGGAUUCGGCACAUAUCUACACUUGGGGGUUCUAUUGUUUUCAUGUUUUUAUUUCUUAUGCCAGUGACAUUUAUACAAGGUUUGACUCAGCUGGAGCAGCUGCAGCAGAGGCUCCCUUUUCUGAGAGGUAUAUUAGAAAAGAACUAUAUGACCCAGUUAAUAACUGGAUACCUUCCCAGUGUGAUCUUGCAAAUAUUUUUGUAUACUGUCCCCCCAACCAUGAUGCUAUUUUCUACUUUAGAGGGGCCUAUCUCUCACAGUGAAAGGAAGAAAAGUGCCUGCUGUAAAGUUUUAUACUUCACCAUUUGGAAUGUCUUCUUUGUCAAUGUUUUGUCUGGUUCUGCAAUUAGCCAAGUGAUUGCUUUAUCACGGCCAAAGGAGAUCCCUAUGCAGCUGGCCAGAGCAGUACCUGUGCAGGCUACAUUCUUUACAACCUAUGUUCUUACUUCUGGAUGGGCUAGUCUAUCAUCAGAACUUAUGCAACUCUUUGCUCUUACAUGGAACUUCAUAAGAAGAUAUAUUCUGAGAAUGGAAGAAGACGAUCUUCUUUACUCAUUUCCCUAUCACACAGAAGUGCCUAAAGUUCUGUUGUUUGGAUUGUUGGGCUUCACAUGCUCUGUACUAGCACCUCUUAUCUUGCCAUUUUUACUGCUAUACUUUUGUCUCAGCUAUGUUGUGUAUCGCAACCAGUUCCUUAAUGUUUACUGCACAAAAUACGACACAGGCGGUCUAUAUUGGCCAAUUGCGCACAAUGCUACAAUAUUCUCUCUAGUCCUGACUCAGAUCAUCUGUCUUGGUGUAUUUGCCCUAAAAAAAUCCCCAGUUGCUGCAGGCUUCACUGUGCCUCUUAUCAUCUUUACUCUUUUAUUCUACCAGUAUUGCAGAAAGCGCCAUCUUCCAUUAUUCAAGACUUUCCCUGCACAGAAUUUGAUUGACAUGGACAUGGAAGAUCAGCAAAUGGGUAGGACAGAGGACCUUCAUCACCGCCUUCAUAACGCCUACUUUCAGUUUCCUGACACCGACGACAUACCUUUGGAAGGAGUACACUCUGUUGGUAGAGACGAAGAUGGAAGCGGCACUUCCGGUGAAUCGAGUCGCAAAGAAAGCGCCGAUGAUGAGCUAUCUCACCCAACUCUGGACGGACUCCCUGUUAGCCGGCUGCGGAACGCGGUGAGAUCACUCGGCUCGGUUUUGAGACCGCAGAGGAGAGAAUUAGCUGUAUAGCGCAUUAUUCUGCCUGCCCAUGUAAAUUCACGGCCGAUAAACAACACAAGCUACACUCAUAGCACGUACAGGAAGGGGGAAGAUAUACACAAAUGGAGGAGAAUCAUAUAUCACCCGUUUGCAAGGGUGUACAAAUUUUGAUAUGCUAAUUGACGCUUGAAUGACCUUAAGGUAUACUAC